UAUAGAGGUAAACAAAUCAAAGCGAAAGAUGAAGCAACAAGUAGCGCUUGCAGCAGUGACCACGACGGCUGCAACAGUUAUGGCGGUGGUAGCUCUUGUGAGACAAUAUAGGAAAGCUAAACAGGAUCGACAAUGGGGGAAAUGUCAACGCAUAUUGCGUAAAUUUUCCAGGGAUUGCUCAACUCCCGUCCCCAAGUUAUGGCAAGUUGCUAAUGCCAUGGUUUCCGAUAUGGGAGCCUCCCUUUCUUCGUCUGAUGAAGCUACUAGUAGCCUCAACAUGUUUGUUUCCUACGCCUCUCCUCUUCCCACCGGGAUUAAUGAGAAGGGAAUGUAUUAUGGGGUGAACCUGAGACAAACAAAGAUUUUAGUGGUGUGUGGGAGGCUGCAAGGUAAAAACCAGCCUAUAUCUGAUUUAUACGUGGACGAAGUCCCUAUUCCUUCCAGUGUCAUGAUUGGCACUUCCCAGGAAUUAUACGACUACAUAGCAGCGGAGCUAGUAAAAUUUGUGUCGGCACAUCCCGAGAAAGAUGAUGAAGCCCCAGCAAAUGCUAAGAAACUGGGGUUCACCGUCUCAUCUGGAGAUGAUCAAUCUACAGCCAUAUCAGGUUCCAACAUUAAAUUGAAGAAUUUCGCUGCAGAUACCACAGGGGUAAAAGAUCUGAUCACUGGAAUGAAUCGAGCUCUGGAGAAACAUGGUCUGAAAUUGCGAGUUCAUGCGCUAGUCGAUGAUAUCGUUGGAAAUUUAGCUGGUGGCAGAUACUAUGAUAAAGACUGCGUGGCUGCAAUCACCUUAGGAGUGGGUACCAAUGCUGCUUAUGUCGAUACUACUCAGUCGGCUCCUAGAUGGCAUGAUUCUUUGCCAAAGAAAGGCGAGAUAGUUGUUUGCAUGGAAUGGGGAAACUUCAAUACAUGCCAUCUUCCAAUAACUCAGUAUGAUACUUCUUUGGAUGCUGCAAGUUCGAACCCCGGCCAUCGGAUUUUCGAAAAGAUGAUUUCUGGAAUGUAUUUGGGAGAAAUUGUAAGAAGAGUUUUAGUUAGGAUGGCCCAAGAAGCAGCCCUCUUUGGUCAAAGCGUUCCUCCAAAACUUCUAAUUCCUUACCUGCUAAGGUCACCUGAUAUGGCUGCAAUGCAUCAAGAUACAUCAGAAGAUCGUGAAGUUGUGCAUGAAAAACUCAAGGAAAUAUUUGGGAUCACGAAUUUGACAACAAUGGCGAGAGAACUUGUUGCAGAGGUAUGUGAUAUAGUAACGGAACGGGGAGCUCGUCUGGCAGGGGCAGGCACAGUGGCGAUUGUAAAGAAGCUUGGGAGAAUAGCCAACAGAAGAAGUGUGAUUAUAAUGGAAGGUGGACUAUAUGAGCACUAUAGGAUCUUCAGGAACUAUCUCCAUAGUGGUGUUUGGGAAAUGCUCGGCAACGAGCUUUCCGAUAACAUUGUCGUUGAACAUUCUCACGGCGGCGCCGGCACCGGUCCUCUUUUUCUCGCCGCUUCUCCCACCCCUGACUCUUGAUUCAUUAUUUUUUUUAAUGUUUUGGUUGCGUUACUCUAUAAUUUUUUUUAAGAAAAGAUUGUUUUGGUCAUUUGGUAGAGAUUUAAAAUACCAUAAAUUGCGUUUAUGGUACGUAGUUAUAGAGGUAGAAAUGUUAAGCAUGGGUUUCUAAUGAAAUAGAUUAGC